AUGAAUGAAAAACAAAUAAUGAUAAACAAUGAAAAACUUGCUGAUAAAACCUUUCCUUUCCUAUUGAAAAGAAAAUUUUUUAAAAGAUGGAUUUCGUUUAUGUCAUGGAGAACAAACACGAUAAUUAAAUUCAAUUCUGAUAACGGUUAUCACAGAAUUCAAAAAAAUGACGUCACUUUCAACUCCCUUAAUAAUAAUAAAACUAUGAGAAGGGAACCUAUGAUACCUGAUUAUUUAAAACGUAAACCUAAAAGGAUAUUCGACGAAGAUUUUUUGACUACUGCCACGUCCGCGGAUAAUAACGAAACGUUUAGAGUUUACGAACCUGUUAAUAAACGACUACCAUUCAUUCGUCAAACGUCAUUUCCUGUUUUUGACGUUAGAAAAAAAUUUUAA